AUGGAUCCAAACUCUGGCUUGCUUCCUUCUCUGUCCCGGGCCUGUUCCCAUCUGGCAGAGCCCUGUAUGGAAGGUGAAAGAAGCCCAGCCCCCCGAGAACAAGGCAGAGACUCCCACUUUCCCUGGAGUGCUGUCCCCAGCUCCAGCUUUCCCGAUCCUGACUGGUUUUGGGAUGAGAACAUCCAAGCAAAGAGGGCCCGAGUGGAGACCAUUGUGCAAGGCAUGUGCCUCUCUCUUAACGCUCUGGUGCCGGGCAAUACCCAAGCCAGGGACAGCCCGUAUUGCCCAGAGAAGGCCCAGGAGCGGAAGAGGAAGCAGAGCCUUCCCAUGCAGCAAGGCCCCCUGAAGCCAGGCCUUGUCGGGGACCAUGGCAGCAGGAAAGGGAGCCCCCGGGUGAGAGAACAGCUCUAUCAACUGAAGCAACAGCUAAGACAUUUGCAAAAGCACAUCUUGCAGGCUGCGGAGCCCAGGGACAUGGCUCAGGACCCAGGAGGCUCUGAGAUGGACAAGGGCCCCCUGAGCGUAAAGCAGAGGAAGGGCUAUGGAUCUAGGCCCUGGGCUAUGGACAGUGACCACCACUCGGGUUCCCAUCGGGACUUCUCCAGGAAAGAAAAACACAGAGUGUGUGAGGUCGAAUACCAGUCUGAGGAGCCCAGGCUCCUUCCUUGUGGAGCACAGGAUUUGCUGGAGAUUCUGAGGAAGGAAUUGACCGGGGCAGUGUCCCAGGCUGUGGACUCAGUAUUACAAAAGGUGCUCUUGGAUCCACCAGGCCAUCCGACUCAGCUGGAUAGAAGCUUCCAGGGGCUUGUGCCAGAGGGUAGAAGUGAGCCCUCGCCUCCCAAGAGAGGUAUCUGUAAAGAUCUCUUUCCUUUUGCCACCUUGCCCAGGAGGGUCCAGCCACAGACUGGGGUCCUGUUGCAAAACUUACCACUGGCCAAGUCUCUAGAUCCUCCCAGGUGCCCUGUCUCUCCAAGAAUGAUCCCCAGAUCCUGUCAGGGUCUGCCAGCAAACUGUCCUUUGACUGUGCCUUCCCGCAUCCAGGAAGAUCAGAUUCUUAGCCAGCUACUGGGUCAUGGACCCAGUGACCACUGGGACAGCAGUCUUCCCCAAGAUUCAUCUUCCCAAAGUCACUCCUCCCCAGAGUCUGCCCUGCAACCCUGGGGAGCCGUCAAAUUGCGGCCAUCCGUUCUGAGCCAGCAGCAGUCCCCCUUGCCCUUGGCUUCCCCCGGUUUGGAAAGGCUGCCCCUUCUUCCCUCGGUGAAGAUGGAACCGGGCGACCUGCAGGCUGCUUCGGAUGUGCUUCCUUUUUCUUCAUUGCAUAUCCAGGAGGGCCUGAAUCCUGGUCACCUGAAGAAGGCCAAACUUAUGUUUUUCUUCACACGCUACCCCAGCUCCAACCUCCUGAAGGCUUAUUUCCCUGAUGUCCAGUUCAACCGCUGCAUCACCUCCCAGAUGAUCAAGUGGUUCAGCAACUUCCGUGAGUUUUAUUACAUCCAAAUGGAAAAAUUUGCCCGGCAAGCGAUUUCAGAUGGUGUCACAAAUCCCAAAAUGCUGGUGGUACUCCGUGACUCAGAACUUUUUCGAGCUCUCAAUAUGCACUAUAACAAAGGAAAUGACUUUGAGGUCCCGGAUUGCUUCUUGGAAAUCGCCAGCUUGACGCUACAGGAGUUUUUCAGGGCUGUCUCCGCAGGGAAAGACUCAGAUCCUUCCUGGAAGAAACCCAUUUAUAAAAUUAUUUCGAAACUGGACAGUGACAUCCCAGAGGUAUUCAAAUCUUCCAGCUAUCCCCAGGAGCUGUUUCGGAAUUAA